GCGCUCAUUUACAAUAUAAUUUCAGCAGCAUUCGGACGAGUCGAAAGGCGUCCUUUUUAUAAAGCACAAAGACUGGCAGUUUUAAUGUGACUAGUUAAACAGAAUAUCGUAUAAAAAUAAUAAAUAAUUUAACAAAACCUAAAAAAACAUUUAACGCGUAUUGGCUAUUGUUCAAUUAUCGUGAAUAUUUAAAUUAAGCAACUGCAAUGGACCGACGCUUAUUACGUUCGCGUCGCACAGAGGAUUUCAGACCCGCUGCUGCCGCCGCAGCCGCCCCACCCACUACGCAGCCGACCGCUGUCGCACAGACCCGACGCAGCAACAUUGGAAUACGCACACGUGCUUCGCCCUCACGCAACAAGGUGCUGCCAGAGCCACCCGUUGCCGAUGUCGGACUACGCGCUCGCCGCUCCAGCCGGCCACGUUCCGCUGCCGGACAAGCGGCAGCGCCCGCCACGCGGGCUACGAUCAAAGCGCAAACACCUAUCAAGGAAGUAGAUGAGGUGCCGUCUCCAGUGCGCACUUCGAACAGCAGCUUUCCGAUGACAUUGACCACGAACACAUCGUCGCGUGCGCCGAAUGUGGCGCUGCUUACCUCCUCGGUGGGCAGUCCGAACAGCAGUCGGACCUACAGCAGCACCACAACGACAACAGAGCGCAUCGAGAUACGCAGCGAGGGUGGCACCGGGGACGAGGUGGACACCGAAUCUAUACGCAAACGCCUCACAGAUCGUCUGCGUCGCUCUCUAUCGAAGACCAUCUCGAGUGUGGCGGGCUUGAAUGCGAAUACGAAUAAUUCAGAGGACGCGGGUAGUCGGUACAGCCGAUCCGUGUCGCGUUCCGUUUAUGAUGAUGACAAGAGCUCGAAGCGCAGCUAUUCCACUGGCGAGGAGGAUGACGAGCAGCUGGACGAUGAGGACGAGCAAUUCCGGAGCUUCAAUGUCACACGGCAGUCGGUGACGCCAGUGUUGGGCAACGCCUGUCGCAAGCUGCAGGUGCCAAGUGAAUUUGGUGGCUGGCCCGGUGCACUGUUCCUGCUGCUGACUGUGCCCCAUCUGGUCUACUAUCUCACCUGGAGCUGUACGGCACGCAAUGGCUGUCAGUUGAAGCGCGCCAAUCUGACGGCUCUGCUAGACUGGAACUAUCUGACGCGUCAGGUGUUCCAGACGCACGUCGUCGGCGUCUUCUCGGCCUACCAGUUUGUGGUCUUUCUGCUGGUGGCCCUGCUGCCAGGACGACGCGUCCAUCUGACACGUGAAACGUACAAAUUCAAUGGAUUGGGCGUGUGCUUCACCCUGCUGCUCGCUGGCGGCAUAGCCGAGUACCUCAAGUAUCCGGUCGUGAGCUUCGUGCUGCGUCACUAUCUCAGAUUCUGCAUCUAUGGACUGGUCAGUGCCUUUGUGGCCGCUGCCUGGAGCUAUUGGCGUGUGGACACCACCAAAUACAAUGUGCUCCGCCAGACGCUCGUCAAUGACUACGGUCGCAGCGGCAACUUCUUGAUCGAUUUUGCCCUCGGCCGGCAGCUGAACCCCAAAUGGCUGGGACGCGUCGACUGGAAGCAGUACUACUAUCGCUUGUCCCUGGUCAGCACCUUGCUCUAUGCCGUCUGCUACAUCUACCAGACGCUUCAGUGGCCCCACUGGCCACAAGCCCAGGAGGGCUAUGUCUACCUGUUGCGCUACUAUUGGAACAAUGUCAACUAUGAUGCAGCCGCUCUACUGGCGGCCUGCUCGCUAUUGAUCUACGUGCUGGAUGCGCUGCUCUUUGAGCAUCAUCUGAGCUGCUCCUUCGAGCUGCAGCACGAGGGCUACGGCUGCCUGCUGCUGCUGCGCUACGCUGCUACGCCCUACUUGCUUAGCUCGGUCAGCAAGUACUUCUACGAGCAGCGCGUGCCCAUCAGCUGCUGGUAUGCUCCGUAUGCUGUGCUCUGGCUGCUGUUUCUGGGAUUGGCCAUCAAGCGCUACAGCAGCGCCUACAAGUACAAGUAUCGCCUGAACUCGCAGAAUCCCAUCUUUGCCAACAUCGAGACCAUACACACCUACCAGGGCAGCCGGCUGCUGUUGAGCGGCCUGUGGGGCCAUGUGCGUCAGCCCAACUAUCUGGGCGACAUCCUUGCUCUCUGUGCCUUGGGGGCGCCCAUGUUCCUGCGUCCCGCUUGGCCGCCGCUGCUGUCGCUGCUGCUGCUAGUGCUGGUGCUGCUGCAUCGUGCCACACGCACCAAUGCGCGCAACCAGGGACGCUAUCAUUCGUCCUGGCAUCGCUAUUGCGCCCAGGUGCGCUACUACAUAAUACCCAAGAUUUAUUAAUCUACCCAACGCCCAUCGCCCAUCGCCCAUUGCUCAUCGACAGCUCGAAACACAUUUUUGAUUUGGCUCUGCCCAACGCAUAUUCAAAUACCUUUUGUUAUCCCAGCUUUUACCUGCAUUUCAUCUCGAAUUGUUUUCCUGUACAUAUAUUCACAUUGAUUACCUGUACUUUAUUUUCUUUAUCACCUGUCGCAGCGCCCCAAUUUUCUCGAUUUUAAAUGAUUUUAGUACAAACUUUUAUUUUACUUCAAGACAAAACUAAAUGUAUUGCUA